AUGUUUAUGGAUCGAGGAACCUCUGAUGCCGAUCUAUGGACUUUGUCUCAAGGACCGAACGAGCCAUUGAGAACUUACAUGGCUCGGUUCAAAGCGGUGGUGUCAAAGGUGGAAGGAGUGAGCGAUAAGGCAGCCCUUGAAGCCCUGAAAAGAUCACUAUGGUAUAAAUCCGAGUUCCAAAGAGAAAUGGCGUUGAACACGCCGCUCACGAUCCAAGAUGCCCUACAUCGCUCUGCCGACGUUAUCGUGAAUGAAAAAGAGAUGAAAAACCUAGACGAGCAGUACGAAUCGACAAAAGCGGCGAUCCGAAAUUCUCUGACGACGCGCCAAAGAAAUGUGAGGAGUAAUGACUAUGUGCACCACGAAGGGCCGAGGCUACAAGGAGCCCAUAAUUAUCAAGUGGGAGCAGGACGAGGCAAAGGACCAUGGAAAACUUGGACUCGGAACCCCCGAACAUAUGAUGAAAAGGCAUUCUGCGAACACCACCAAUGCUACGGGCACUCAACGACAAAUUGUUGGUUCUUGGCAGCCAGACUCGCCGCAAAACGAGCAGCAGGAGAGCCCGAAGAAACCAUAGCUGCCAAGGAGCCCGAAGACGAGAAGCGAGAAGGUGACGAAGUUAACCCCCCAAACCGAGAGCAAGGGAACCGAGGCGAAGCCCAAAAGCGAGGAAGGAGGAAUAAUGAGGAUCCGCGAGAUGGCCCCAGAAGAAAGAUCAAUAUGAUAAUGGUCGGAUCACAAUACUGUCUCGACACCGUAUCGUCGAUUAAAGCUUUCUAG